GUCUCUCAGGCAGCUGCAGAACUCCAGCAGUACUGCAUGCAAAAUGCCUGCAAAGAUGCCUUGCUUGUUGGUGUUCCUGCAGGGAGCAAUCCCUUUCGAGAACCGAGAUCCUGUGCCCUACUCUAA